AUGCUGGGAGUGAAUCGCAGCAUGGCGUUACACCUCGACUCCAUCCCCGUCCCUCCCAGUGAUUACUGGCAUGCCACCAACUCUCCCCUAGUGCUCAUCUAUCCGCUGGAAGGGAAAGAGGAGGAAGUUUAUCAGGGAUUCCUCACUGCAUCCAUGACGGAACCAUUCACAGUGUACGAAACGGAAAACAGUCCCGAGGAAUGGCAUUACGGACCCACACCACAUUCCCCACCAUUUUUCAUAGUUGCGGACAAAGGAUAUACUUUCAGUGAUGAUGCCUGGUUGCUGAAUACUACCCCCAAAGGCCUCCUCUUUGCAGGGACUCGAGCUCGAAGGAGUGAUCGAUUUUGGAGUCGUGUUCCAAGGCCGUUCUGUGAGACGGAGCAAGUACCUCUGCCGAAGUAA